AUGAGGCCCCAGGGCUCGCGAUGUGUCUGUCAACGAUACGAAAAUGGUGAGCUUGUCGUUGCCACAAUGAACAACAGAAAUCCCGAGCCAGAUAACAAUUAUCAAAAUCCCAGAAGUCAUCAGAGAAUCUAUCAAAAUCGUCCCCCAAAUCUCAAUCCCCAUUAUCAGAAUCCCGUGGAUCUAGUGCACAAUCACAAUCAAUUGCGGAGGCAAAAUGAACCCGAGGAGAAUAUCUAUGAACGUCUGGACAAUGAUGACGAGGUAAAUGAGAUCCUUGAAGUCAGGAGGAAUGACCAGAAUGAUCACAUGUACGAGAGAAUUGAUAAUCGUUCUUGGUCGAGGGGUAAUCAAGUCAGCCGAAAUAUCAAUCCAAUUCUAGCAUUUGAGAGAAACUCCCGAGAUAUAUAUUUUCAAAAUCCAAGUUGUCUCAGUCGUCUGGGAAAUUUAUCACGAAAUUGUUUCUCCACUGAUAAUGUUGCAAUGGCAACUAAUGGCCGUUUGGUUUAUCAAUUUGGCCAGUGUAUGUGCCAAUUUUGCAUGAGAUUGCCAUUCAUAAGGUAUCACAUUUGCCAGCAGUGCAAUACAUUCAAUUCAGGUAAUUAUGGAGCAAAUUCCAGGCAUUAUAUCUAUCAGGUAUCGAGAAAUUGCAGAUGUGCCUUCUGCCGGGGUGAGUAUUCAUACAGAUUUCCCAUAAAUGCCAGGGGUUUGGUGGAGAGCUUGAGAUGUCAGUGUAGAAAUCCGAGUAACUGCAGCUGCAGAGGUAGACUCUUGUCAAGUUCCAAUUCAGCAAUUUAUAUCGGAAGAAUUGACAGAAUUGGAAGUGUUAAUAAUCCACUUUAUGCCAAUCCCAGUGUUUACGUGGGGAGAAUUGAAAGAAAUGCCGGGGCUGGGGGGGAGGGGGUGGCUGAGGGUGGAGUGGAAGUGGCUGCUGGAGAGCCUGGACCAUCCGGUGAAGCUAGGGCACAGCCUGCCAGUUCGGUUUGUAAUGUUAGCAAUGCUGCUGAUAGACAACACACUUGCGAUGACUCUUGCAUCAGAGGACAGGGUGGCAUUUGUCAAUUUGCUAGAACUGAGAGGCCUGAGUGUCAUGGAAGAUUCUCAUAUAAUUGGUGGUUUGGCAAUAGGUGGUUGGCUGGCUGGGGCUCUGCCGAUAGGGGUACUGAAGGGGCCAGGGGGGAGGACAGCAGGGAACCUACUGCCAGUGACAGUGAUGAUUGAAAGUUUCAGGUACCGAAGAUAAUACAGGAUUUUUUUAAUGACCUCGUUGGGACUAUUCAAUUUUUUUAAGGGUAGGGUUCGACGAAUUACGUGUACUUAGUAGGGUAAUUAAUUUAUUAGAGACUAUGGGAAUAUUUUAUGUUUAAUUUCUAGAACUUGUACAUUACGUUGAGACGUUGACAAGGAAAGUCUCUGUACUAUGUAAUUAUAUUUGAUAAUUUUGAGUUUAUCUUGAGGAUAUUGAUUGAGAGGGGAUUUUUGGAAUUAUCUCGAGGAUUAUUCUUGAAAUAAAUCAAUGAAAAUGUCUCUGAAAAAUGUUGAAAAUGACUGUAAAAAUAAUUUUAUCGAUAGUGAUUCUCCGAUUUGGUGUGAGGCUGUUUGCAAUUCUUCGAACAUUCCAAUGGUUUUUUUAUUAUAUCGAGGUCUUUGUCAUUAUUUCGGUGCAGAAGAGCUUCCACAGGACUUUCAACAACUCGGAAAUAAUUUAUUGAAGUUGACAUUUGCUGUGCAAUCGUUCAUCAAUUGUAAUCUUUCCUGAGUGGAGAAUCGUCUCUAGAUAUUCUUCUCGUUCUUCGUUCUUGUCAAGUAGCAUUGACCCCCUGAAGACUGUCCUAGUUUUUAUAAGUUUAGUUUUUAAUCCUGAAAUAUUAGAAAUGAAUAACACAAAUAGCAGUUACUCUAAGUUGGAAGGACGAAUAUAAAAAGGAUUGAGUAGGGAAAUGAAAUUAAACAGCAAAUUCCUAAGAUUAUUUAAAUUUUGAAAAGUGAGAUUGUAAUUUUAUUUAAUUUGUACUCAGACAAUUUUGAAUAAUUAAUUGACACGAGAUUUGAACGCACAGGUGCAUGAGGAGUGGUCCAGAUUGGCCGAAUGAAAAAUUGUGAAUGCAAAAUUAUAAAUUAUAAAUAUUGAAUGGAAAAAUUGUGUCAUUGAAAAAUAUCAUGCAGAUAAUAUCAAUGUUCAAUUAUUACGUUAAAUGCAUGAUAUCAUUAUUAUGUUUUGGUGGUACUUUCGUUGGAGAAGUUCACAAUCAAAACAAAAUCAAAUCACUAGUGUUUUUUGCGAAUGUGGGAGGUAUGACGAUAACAAUUUUUAAGCGAAAUCAAACGAGAAACUGAAUACAUAAGCGUGAUUGAUUAAUCAUUGAGUUGAUACCAAUUUAUGAAUUUGUGUAUUUUCAUUUUUUGUGGGGAAUAUAAUUCCUGAUUUAAUAAAAAAAAUUAUAUUGUGCUGAAAGGAUUAA